AUGGGCUGUGCGGCCUCCAAGGCCCCGCCCAAGCGCGAUCCAGUCGAGGAGCUCAUCGAGGAGGUGCACGCCCAGCAAGGCCGCGAGUCCGGCGGCGGCGUGACGCUUGAUCUGUCGGCCGCGCCCGCGAGCGCCGACGCGCCGGCCGGCAAGCUCGCAGAACUCGGCCUCUCGCUCAAGGGCAAGGUGCCCGACGCGGCGUGGGCCUGCGUCGGCGUUCUGCCCUGUGUGGAAAUCAACCAGUGCGUCGGCGAUGCGAGCGGUGAGGAGCCGACAUCGCCACGCCAUCGAGCAGGUGUCGCGUCGAUGGCGUGUCCAGAGGACGAAGAUUCAGGACGAACGCGCCGUAAAUUUGAUUUCCACACAGGUGACGACGCUCUCACUCAAAGGCAACCACCUCGGGAGCCUCUCGCCGAAGCUCGCGCAGCUGUCGGCGCUCCGCGUGCUCGACGUCUCGGAGAACGGCCUGACCGCGCUGCCCGAGGGCGUCGCGGCGCUCGAGGCGCUCGAGGUCCUGGACGUCUCGAGCGCCUGCCCCCAUCCAAGGCGCUCCGGGCGUCGCUCCCGGCGCUCGAGUACCUGACGGUGCACCAGAACCGUAUUGAAGUGCUCCCGGCGCUCGACCUCCCGGAGUUCACGACGCUGAACGCCGGCGGGAAUCCGAUCAAGGCGCUCCCGGACCUCUCGCGGUGCCCGAAGCUCCGCGUGCUCAUCGUCGACGACUGCGGCCUCGUGUCCGUGCACCGGUCGUUCACGCCCGCGAACCACCCGAAGCUCGAGCGGCUCGUCGUCUCGGGCAACCCGGGCCUCGACGCCAAGGCGCGGGCCAAAAUUGAUGUCUUCGCCGCGACGACCACGGCGAACGGCGGCUGGGUCCGGGGGUAG